UUGAGCAGCUAAGCGUGGGCAAGCAAGGUAUUUGUCACAGCUGCUAACCAGCGGGGUGGAUUAAGCCCAUGAGCCGGGGCCCAUGCAGAACGGGGAGGUUAUGAGCCCGCAUGACUCCAAGGCAUCGGGGCACGAGACCAUGGAGGACCACAAGGCCCCUUGUCAGAAUCAGGGAUGCGCGGAGCCCACAGCUCCUCUGCUUCCUCCGCCGUCGCCGCCGCCAGCAGGGCCGCCGGAGUACCCGAGACCCAGGCUCGUCUUCCACACCCAGCUGGCUCACGGGAGCCCGACAGGGCGCAUUCACGGAUUCACCAAUGUCAAGGAACUGUAUGCCAAGAUAGCGGAGGUGUUCAACAUCUCUCCAUCAGAGAUCCUUUUCUGUACCUUAAACUCUCAUAAAGUGGACAUGCAGAAACUGCUGGGAGGACAAAUUGGACUGGAGGACUUCAUCUUUGCUCACGUCAGAGGGGAGACAAAAGAAGUGGAGGUGACGAAGACCGAGGAUGCGUUGGGUCUCACCAUAACAGAUAAUGGAGCUGGCUAUGCUUUCAUCAAGAGAAUAAAAGAAGGCAGCACCAUUGACCGACUGAAGGCAGUAUGCGUCGGUGACCACAUUGAAGCCAUUAAUGACCAGAGCAUCGUGGGAUGUCGACACUAUGAGGUCGCCAAGAUGCUAAAGGAGCAACCGAGAGGCCAUCCUUUCACCCUUCGCCUUGUGGAGCCCAAGAAAGCCUUUGACAUGAUUGGAAUGAGGACUAAAGCGCCAAAGUCCAAUGAGGGCAAGCUAGUGAACGGAAGAGAGACUCUCCGGCUUCGCUCCAAGGGCGCCGCUACAGUUCAGGAAGUGAAUGAGUUUGAGGAACAGGCCACAAGGAAAGUGGAUGAUCUGUUGGAGAGCUAUAUGGGAAUCAGAGACCUGGAGCUGGCGACCACCAUAGUGGAAGCAGGCAAGGACAAGAAGAACCCUGACGACUUUGCUGAGGCCCUGGAUUCCGUUCUGGGAGAUUUUGCUUUUCCUGAUGUGUUUUUGUUUGAUGUUUGGGGAGCUAUUGGAGACGUUAAAAAUGGCAGAAUUUAGUCAUUAACAUAGCUGAGGGUAUUAUGUCUGUAAAUUCCCGUUAUACAAAAAGCAACAGCAAAUGCAGUUGUUUUGAUGUUAGCCCUUGGUUUGUCUUGUUGUCACUCUCUUACAUUAUAACAACAAGGACAUCCAUUUUCUUUUCCACCAUCUUCCUUUGGACUUUUGAACGUGCCCCUAAUGGAUCCUCAUAUUAAUGACAAUAAACACAAAUUACGGACAACUCCGGAGAACUUUUAAAUUCCCCUGUACUUUUUCUUUGUAUUAAGAUCAAAGCUUCCAAAAUGUCCAAGGCCCUACACACAUAGACCAUAUUGUAAAUACGCUUUCAACGAGACUAAUAUAAAGACAGUGAACAUUUGGUAACCACCUGGGAAUCUAACAAUUUAAAUAAGCACCAGGAAACUAAUAUUUGCCAGAUGAAAACCUGCGGGGCACAACAAGAGGCAAAUGUUAUUGGGUAACUUCAAAGGUAGGCACUGAUGUGUUUGAGGUCAGUCAACAAAGAAUACACAUUUGCCCUUUCCCCGAUGAGGAGGGAUCAUUAAUGUGCCUGGUUGUGUAAUCCUGCAUGUAAAAAAAAAAAAAAAAAACAUACCUGAUGUGGGUUGUUUUCAGGCUGGGUUCUUGGGUUCCUUCAAGGACAAUAUUAUAGCGUGGGUUGGGCAGCUGUCUUCUAUCUAAAGAGUGGUUCUGCAUUUGUCGAUGUUGAACUUUUUUCAACACAUAUGCUUGCCGGACUAAAAGAAGAGCUACACAAUAAAAUGAUUGCAUCUGAGAAUGAUUUUCUUUUUCGCAAAAAUACAUGGUAGACAACUUUGGACAUAAUUAAACCAGUCCUGUGGAGUGUGACUAAGAAGAUCUUGAAAAUAAAGUAUCUGCUCAGACGUUAAUCCAACACAUCAUGGGAAAAAUAUAAUACCAAGGGGCAAAUGCCCAGCUAAAUGACCCAGCUCUGCAAAACAGAUUAUCCGUCAUGAUCGGCCAAACAGGAACUCCAGCAUUUACUUCCCAUGGCAAAAUUAGAUCAAAGGGGUAUGUGCAUCCAUUUAAUCUCGAGUGUAUGGAAAAAAAGUCUUGCAUUUACU